GCCAGCGGCUGACAGGCACUUCCGGCCGGGGCCUCCCUCCUCACCGGUUUAGGCUGCCGCCUCCCAGCCCGGCAUUCGCGGCCCCACUGGCCCGACUUCUAAGCUUCAGUUCCCAGGCCAGGCCGUGGAUGCCGGCGGGCUGGGGAGAGCGAAGCGCCAUGCCUCGGGCUUGAUGCUCCGCCCUCUCCUCCAGUCUUCAGUCCUAAGUCUUUGGCCCUCUCCCUCUGCUUUCAGCAGUCUCUCCGCUGGGCGCUGUUGUCGACUCAGACCAGUACCUUCCAACAAGGAUAACUGCGGUCGUCAUGUCCCAGCCGGGGAUACCAGCCUCCGGCGGCUCCCCAACCGGCCUCCAGGCCCAGAACGGGGCCUCUUCGACCUCGGGGUCUCCCUACACCAACGGUCCUGUUCAAAAUGCACUGAUGUCUUCACAAUUGUCAGUGAGUCAAGGAUAUAAUUUCCAGCUUCCAGGAUCCUAUCCUCAUUUAAUACCAGCAAAGACUUUGAAUCCAGUCUCUGGACAGUCUAACUACGGUGGUUCUCAGGGAUCUGGGCAAACUAUUAAUAGACCACCUGUAGCUUCUAAUACAGUGACACCUUCACUCCAUAGUGGUCCUGUUCCUCGAAUGCCACUACCUGCUUCUCAGAAUCCAGCUGCUGCACCGAUGCCUUCUGGUAGCUUUCUUCCUGGAGCCAACAUACCACCACAUUCAAAUUGGCAAUAUAACUAUCCGCCCACAGGAUCACAGACAAACCAUUGUCCUCGUGCAUCAUCCCAACCGACUGCAUUGGGGAGUACAAACUUAACAACAAAUCAUCAGUAUGUUUCUUCUGGAGACCCUUCACUUCAAAACAGCUUCAUAAAAUCAGGUUCAUCACUUCCCUUAAGGAAUCCACCUCUGCCUACCACUUUUCAACCAGGAACUCCUCAUGGGCCCCCUCCACCUAGAGGUCCACCUCCAGUAAGGGACCCCAUGCUCCAGAAUUCACAUAGACCUGCACCCCAGCCUUCAUUUAAUUCAGCUGUCAACCAAGAAGGUAUUACAUCAAAUGCCAAUAAUGGAUCUAUGGCGGUCCAUAGUAGUUAUGAUGAAAUUGAAGGAGGUGGCUUCUUGGCAACACCACAGCUUAUUAAUAAGAAUCCCAAAAUGAGCCGAAGUGUUGGAUAUGCAUAUCCCUCUUUACCACCUGGUUAUCAGAACACAACACCACCUAGUGCAACUGGAAUCCCACCUUCUUCAUUGAAUUAUCCAAGUGGCCCCCAGGCCUUUACUCAGACUCCCUUAGGUGCUAAUCAUUUAACUACAAGCAUGAGUGGAUUAAGUCUACAUCCAGAGGGACUAAGAGUUAUCAAUCUUCUUCAAGAAAGAAAUAUGCUUCCCUCAACACCUUUGCAGCCUCCAGUUCCAAAUUUGCAUGAAGACAUCCAGAAACUCAACUGUAACCCAGAGUUAUUUCGAUGCACACUGACCAGCAUUCCUCAGACUCAGGCCUUACUGAAUAAAGCCAAACUUCCUUUGGGUCUGCUGCUUCAUCCUUUCAAAGAUCUAGUGCAAUUGCCUGUGGUUACCUCCAGUACAAUUGUGAGAUGUCGUUCAUGCAGGACAUACAUUAACCCUUUUGUCAGCUUUCUUGAUCAAAGAAGAUGGAAGUGUAACUUAUGUUACCGAGUCAAUGAUGUACCUGAAGAGUUCAUGUACAAUCCUUUGACAAGAGUUUAUGGAGAACCUCACAGGAGACCUGAAGUUCAAAACGCUACUAUUGAGUUUAUGGCUCCUUCAGAAUACAUGUUACGACCACCACAACCUCCAGUGUACCUCUUUGUUUUUGAUGUGUCUCACAAUGCAGUUGAAACUGGAUACUUGAAUUCAGUUUGCCAGAGUUUGUUAGACAAUCUGGAUUUGCUUCCUGGCAACACUAGAACAAAAAUUGGCUUCAUAACAUUUGACAGUACAAUUCAUUUCUACAGUCUUCAAGAAGGUCUCUCUCAACCUCAGAUGCUAAUAGUUUCAGAUAUUGAAGAUGUUUUUAUACCUAUGCCAGAGAACUUAUUAGUAAACUUAAAUGAAAGUAAAGAGCUUGUUCAAGAAUUACUGAAAACUUUGCCACAAAUGUUUACCAAGACUCUGGAGACCCAGAGUGCCUUGGGUCCUGCACUUCAGGCUGCCUUUAAGCUGAUGUCCCCAACUGGUGGUCGAAUGUCCGUCUUUCAAACACAGCUCCCAACUCUUGGAGUGGGAGCCCUGAAGCCACGAGAGGAACCCAACCAAAAAUCAUCUGCUAAGGAAAUACACCUGACACCUUCUACUGACUUCUAUAAGAAAUUAGCAUUGGACUGUUCUGGUCAGCAGAUAGCUGUUGACUUGUUCCUUCUCAGUGGACAAUAUUCUGAUUUGGCUUCUCUGGGGUGUAUUUCUCGGUACUCAGCAGGUAGUGUCUAUUACUAUCCUUCUUACCAUCACCAGCACAACCCAGUCCAAGUACAGAAAUUACAGAAGGAACUACAGAGAUACCUCACUCGGAAAAUUGGCUUUGAGGCAGUUAUGAGGAUUCGAUGCACUAAAGGUCUUUCCAUUCAUACUUUCCAUGGGAACUUCUUCGUUAGGUCAACAGACUUACUCUCUUUGCCCAAUGUCAAUCCUGAUGCUGGGUAUGCAGUACAGAUGUCAGUAGAAGAAAGUCUUACUGACACUCAAUUGGUUUCUUUUCAGUCAGCACUCUUGUACACAUCAAGCAAAGGUGAAAGAAGAAUUCGUGUCCAUACUUUGUGUUUGCCAGUAGUUUCGACUCUAAAUGAAAUCUUUCUUGGAGCUGAUGUUCAAGCAAUUUCGGGGUUAUUGGCCAAUAUGGCUGUUGACAGGUCCAUGACUGCCAGUCUGAGUGACGCCCGAGAUGCUCUAGUGAAUGCCGUCAUUGACUCUCUUGCAGCUUACCGAUCUUCAGUCUUAAGUAACCAGCAGCCUGGACUCAUGGUUCCUUUCUCUUUGAGACUUUUUCCACUUUUUGUAUUGGCUCUCCUUAAACAGAAAUCAUUCCAGACUGGGACAAAUGCUCGUCUAGAUGAACGCAUCUUUGCUAUGUGUCAAGUGAAAAAUCAGCCCUUGGUUUACCUUAUGCUUACAACACAUCCCACUUUGUAUAGAGUUGACAAUCUCUCUGAUGAGGGAGCACUCAACAUCAAUGACAGAACCAUACCUCAGCCUCCUAUCCUUCAACUCUCUGUGGAGAAGCUGAGUAGAGAUGGGGCUUUCCUCAUGGAUGCAGGCUCUGUACUGAUGCUUUGGGUUGGAAAAAAUUGUGCACAAAAUUUUCUCACUCAAGUUUUAGGAGUUCAAAACUAUGCAUCAAUUCCACAGACUAUGACAGACCUUCCAGAACUUGAUACACCAGAAUCUGCCAGAACAGUAGCUUUUAUCUCCUGGCUUAGAGAGCAAAGACCAUUUUUCCCAGUACUUUACAUAAUAAGGGAUGAAAGUCCAAUGAAAGCAAACUUCCUUCAAAACAUGGUAGAAGACAGAACAGAAUCUGCGUUAUCAUAUUAUGAAUUCCUCUUGCAUAUUCAGCAACAAGUAAAUAAAUGAACAAAUGAAGAAAUUUGACUUAGUUAUUGCUAAGGAAAUCACAAAGCAGAAUUCCUGGGAAUGUGUAAUACCUUCCUUUUCUAUUUUAAUUUGUAAACUAAUGUGAUGAUUAAGAUGUUUUCACUGUGAUUUCAACAAACUAUAGCAAAUAAAGGACUACAGCAGAGACUCAAACAUAAAACUCUGAAAAUACUGUAUUUUUCAAAUCAAAAUAUAUCUACAUAUGAUUGGAUACCUUUUUUCCUUUGCUGCCAAUUAUGUUCAAGUUGUUACAGAUUGAAAUAAGGAAAAGAUAUUAUAGAGGUAAAGUACAUUUUGUAAAAUAAAGACUUCUGUGUUCCACAUGUAUAUUUUUUAUUUUUCUGAGUUUUUGGCUGCUACAUUUAAAACCUCAUGAGACUACGUGUUGGAGGGAAGUUAUGAAUCCAUUAAUAAUGAUCUUUUUACAAUUGGGAAAUCCAAAAGUAAAUAGAAUGUAGAAGAGCUAGAAUUCCAUACCCCAUACUGUUUUGUUUUAUUUUUAAAGAAAAGUAUCAUCAUGUUAAAUUAAACAGGCAAACUAACUGUAGUCUAUCUUGAGAAGAAUAUGAAGUAACACAUUCAAGCUUUAAAAUCUGUCAGUAUUCUCUAUACUUGAAGAACAAAAUCACUUUGAUUUGAAGUGAAAGAUGUAAUUAGGUGGUUCUCUGAUUUGGCUGCAGAUGACUUGGACAUACUGUUUUCUUUGCAAUGAAAAGAAUUUGAGCUGUCUUCAUAAAUAUUGGGACUGGCAAUGAUAAUAGGGAAAUGAGAAAUUUAGUUAUCUUGAUCCUUUAGGUGUGCUUUUAUUUGGUACAUUUCUGCUCCGUGAUAUAUAAUAAAAGUGCUUUUCUGGUGAAAUGAGGAUGAAUGAAAGAAGUUAAAGGUUUCUAAAAUGUUAUGUCAAAUGCAUCAGUAACAUUUUUCUAAGAAGUUUGAUAAUUAAAUUGGGAUAUUAUUAUUCUGGGAUAUUAAAACCUAUUAAAGCAUGAAUGCUGCUGUUUGAUUUGGUGAAUAUUAAGAUUACACAAAUCCAAUAUAUUGAAGUUAUAAAAGAAACUUGGUUGCUGAACAUGCUCAAAAGACUGCUUUUUUGAUUCAGCUAGAGAAUAUAAUCAAAACUUACUGAGCAGAUUUUGUUUACAAACAGGUAAAUUACAUCUGUGUAUUUACAGUGCUGUGAUAUAAUUAAUAUCUUUAAGAGUUUGGCUCAGUUUUCACCGAUUCAUCUUGUCUCGUAUGAACUUCUUAAAAAGAUAAUGUACAUGUAUAAUACUUGAUGAAAAGACUUUUGGUUUUUGUUUUAAUAGGUUACAAAAUGUGUUUACAAUCUUGGUCUUACAUGAUCACCAAUGAAUAGUAACUUUCAGGUUUACAUCCAUGUGGGCUGACUUAACUGAAUUGUUUGGUGUGGGGAAGAAGCAAAUCCCUCUAGAGUACACAACUACUACUUGCCAGCUGGAUUAGAAUAAUUGUGUUUAUGAAAAUACCAUCUCUUUAAGCAGUGUUAAGAUUCGUUUUCAACCUGGGUGCGGAGGUGCAUGCCUGUAAUCCCAGCAGUUUAGGAGGCUGAGGCAGGAGGAUCUUGAAUUCAAAGCCAGCCUAAGCAAAAGCUAGCUCAGUGGCUGAGUGUCCCUGAGUUCAAUCCCUGGUCCUUCCCCUCAACACCCAGCCUCCCGCAAAAAAAAAAAAAAAGAAUCAUUUUCAGUGUGCAAGUGGUACAUUGAAUUGGAAGGUUUCUUGAAAGCUCUUUCUUUUGUUAGGAAGCAAUUUUUAAAUUACAGCAAAUUAAAUUUAUAUUUUCCCAUCUUUUUAAGAAACCGUCAUUACACACUGAUGUUUCUUAAAAGAACUAAUUUUUUUACAUUUUAAGAAAUUAAAUGAAUUAUUCAUUUAAUGUAAUUUUAAACUUUUACAUUUAUAAGUUCUUUCUGAAUAGUAAUGAAAAAUCUUCCAGAAGGAAACAUUUGUGCUUCUAGGGAUAAUCUUCCUUGUGCCUCACUACAUCCCUAAGUGGAUAUGACUUGUGUUAUUACCACAUACUUUGUUAGUGUAUUUCAAGAAUUUACUUUGAAAAAUUAUUUUAAAUAUUGUGUAACAUGCAAUUCAGAAUAAUUUUAUAACAGGUCAUAAAAAAACACAUAACUUUAGUUAGGAUUCACAAUAUUUGUUCUCCAGGAUUCACAAUAUUUGUUCUCCAGGUAAUAAGAGAAUGAAUGAAACUUUUGGGAAUAUUGAUAUAUAAAACAAUUAUUCUUUUGCAAUAUGAAUGUGUUUUUUAGUUAGUUUUUUUUUUGUUUGCAGUAAGGCACUAUCUGCCAUUAUCAUCUUGUAUUACUUUUUGAUGUAAAGCAACUAAUAUUUACACUAUACCAUAUUUUUUUUAUUGUAGUUGUAAAUUAUGAAAGAUCCUUGAAUUUUCUACAGAUCUACAACUACUAAAGUAACAGACAAGGGCAAUCUUGGUAUAUAAAUCUGAGCAUGACAGUUCUACCAUAAAAAGUACUCUAUUUUUCUAAUUUCUAGAAUUUUUAAAAUAACAUUUCUGUAAGUCUGACAUACUAAUAUUCACUCAAGCAGUACCAUUUAUUUUAGUUUGCAUAUGUCUUCAUUGUUUUUAAUUUAAUGUAUUGAGUCUAAUAGACUGUUUUGCAAUAAUUAGAAUAAAAGAUUUAUUUCUUCUAAUCAAAGAUGCAUAACAGCUAUUAUCUAGGGGACCACCAAAUGUGAUUUUGAGAUUUUGUUAGCUAUUACAAAUCUAAUCCUUAUAUAGAAAUUUUAAUUUUGUAAAGUAGUGUAUAAUAUUGUAACAUUCAAUUCUUGUUCUCAAUUCAAAUAUGUAUUGAUCUUCAAUGUGCUGUGUUACAUCUUGCUUCUCUAAAAUGUUAGAGACAAGAUUUGUCUUCCUUUUUACAGUUUGUAAUUUUCACUGUUUUAUUCCUGUAAAAAAAAAAAAAAAGAAAAAGUCAUUUGUAACCCAUGCAAACAAUUGUUUGAUCUGUGCUAACUUAUCAAUUUGACUAUUCAAUAAAGUUAAUUGAAAGAGCUUA